AUGAUACUUGAGGAGGUGUUCAAGGAUCUUAUAAAGAAGAAGAAGAAGAAGAAGAAGAAUGUUGUGUUGGUUGGGAUUCCAAUUGAUAGCCAGAGCAGAGAGCUGCUCGGCUGGGCUCUGGUGAAAGUCGCUGAACCCGGAGAUUGCGUCAUUGCAGUUCAUGUCUGUCGAAGUUCUGAUUUCGCCUCGAAAGCCAAGACGAUAUUGGAUGGAUACCUAGAGGGUUAUGAGGGGCUAUGUGAUAUGAAAAAGGUAGACCUCACCACUCAGGUCUUGACAGGAAGGUCAAUCCAAAAGGCUCUAGUUAGAGAGGCAAAGAACCAUGCUACUCUGGCCAUAGUUGUAGGCACAAGCAAGCCAAACGCUCUUGGGGGUUGGGAUUCUACGGCGAAAUUCUGUGCAAAGAAAUUGCCACCAACCACUGAUGUUGUGGGCAUCCACAAUGGGAAAAUUGUGUUCAGAAGGUGCACCAGUAAUCAACUACCAGGUUUCACAGGUGACCCAAGGCCAAGUCUUUCUCAGAUUGAAAAUCUCACUUCUAAAGGAAGCUCAUCUGAGUUUGGUGACUUUGAGGAAGAUACAGAAACUGUGAAAUCAUUUUCUGAUAUGGCUCAGAGCUCCCAAGAUGGUUCAAAGCAUAGUAGUGAAGACUUGAAGAACGAACACAAGAGAGUCCCUUGUAGAUCAACUUCACUUGGUGCAGGAGAGCAUGUGGUUAAGAGCCUUGGCUGGCCCCUACUCUGCAGAGCGACUUCUGCGAAUCCACAAUUCCCAGCCCCAAGAGACAUGUCUGUGGUGCAAUGGGUGAUGAGCUUACCGGACCGUUCUCCACAGCAGUCUCCUCAAUGUUCAACUAUCAAAGAAAAUCCUUUUGAAAGAGGUAUUAGUGACAUUGUUGAUGAGGUUAUCAAGGAUAGUUGUUCUGGUUUGGAUGAGCUACCAGAAAAGUUAAAGCGUCUCCUGGAAACAAACUCAUCUGGUUGCAGAUGGUUCAGUCAUGAUGUUCUGAAAACUUCCACUUCUCAAUUCUCCUCAGAAAAUCUUAUUGGGAAAGGAGGAUGCAACCUUGUGUUCAAGGGAACUCUUGCAGAUGGCAAGCAAGUGGCAGUAAAGCUUAUGAAGUCAUCCAAAGAAGCAUGGACGGAUUUUGCCCAUGAAGUUGAUAUCGUCUCCUCGUUGAAGCACGAACACAUUUUGCCUCUGCUUGGUUUCUGCAUUGAAGACAAUGUUCUAAUCUCUGUUUAUGAUUUCUUGCCUAAAGGAAGCUUAGAGGGAAAUUUACAUAGCAAGAACAUAGGCAAAUCCGUAUUGCCGUGGGAAGUCAGAUUUAAUGUUGCUGUUGGGAUUGCUGAAUCCCUCAAUUACCUGCACAACGAAUGUUCUCCACCGGUUAUUCACAGAGAUGUCAAGUCUUCAAACAUUCUUCUCACCAAAGAGUUUGUACCACAGUUAUCUGAUUUUGGCCUUGCAAUAUGGGGACCAACAACUACAUCUUUUCUGACUGAAUGUGAUGUGGUUGGAACAUUUGGUUAUCUUGCUCCUGAAUAUUUCAUGUAUGGAAAGAUCAGUGACAAGAUUGAUGUCUAUGCCUUUGGUGUGGUCCUGCUUGAAUUAUUAUCAGGAAGAAAACCAAUUGGCUCUGAGACUCCCAAGGAACAAGAAAGCUUGGUCAUGUGGGCAAAGCCUAAAAUAGAUAGAGGGGAUGUAAAAGACAUACUGGAUCCAAGUUUGGGUGGAAAGUUUGAUGAGGUUCAGGUGCUGAGAAUGGUUCAUGCAGCAAAACACUGCAUCACACGCUCAGCUCGGCUUCGUCCUAAAAUGAGUGCGAUUCUGAAGCUCUUGAAAGGGGAUUCAGAUGUUGAAAAGCGAGUGAACUCUCAAUCUUUUGAUCUGGAGGAUUCAGAAAUCCGGGACGAUAAUGAUGAUGAUGAAGUUUAUCCAAAUUCAUGUGCGGCGUCACAUUUGGGUCUCGCACUGCUUGAUGUCGAUGAUGAUACAACAUCAUUCAGUAGUGUGGAGCGGAGCAACAGCGUUUCUUGGGAAGAAUAUUUGAAAGGAAGGUGGAGCAGAUCAUCAAGCUUUGACUAG